CCGCUCACAACCACCCACACGGACCGAUUCCUUACUCUUCUCUCUCUGAUUGUCAAUAAUCAAAAGCUCUUUUGCUUGUCAAAUGUUCUCUUCUUUCUUUUUCUUUAUAUUUAUAUCUUUUCUUCAGUCAAUUUCUUGUGCAAACUAAUACGGAGAAGAAGAGGGAACGAGCAAAAAAAACCCUACCCAGAAUAAGACUGCGAAGCUGACCAAUUCAAGCACAAAGUUGGAUCGAUUGUGAAUUCAGAGAAGUGGGUUUUGUUUGAACUUUGAAUUGGAAUUGGAUGCAAGAGGUGGAUGGUGGGAAUUUAAUUUAGCUCGUUUGAAGAUUUUUUUUCUUUUUCAUUUUGAUGGAUAGGUUAUGCUGUUUUAAUGCUUCCCACUCUCAGCCUGCAGGACGAUCAUCAUCAAACUCUGGACAGGGAAAAAACCAUGAGGGGUUAAUCAAGUAUGGUUUCAGCCUAGUAAAGGGGAAAGCUAAUCAUCCAAUGGAGGACUAUCAUGUUGCUAAGUUUAUUGACAUACAAGGACAUGAGUUGGGGUUAUUUGCUAUUUAUGAUGGUCAUUUGGGAGAUGCUGUGCCUGCCUACCUACAGAAGCAUUUGUUUUCCAAUAUACUGAAGGAGGGAAACUUUUGGGUUGAGCCCAAUAGAGCUAUUGCAAAAGCAUAUGAGAGGACAGACGAAGCAAUUCUUUCUCAAAGUGCUGAUUUGGGGCGGGGUGGGUCUACUGCUGUUACUGCAAUUUUAAUAAAUGGCCAAAGAUUAUGGGUAGCCAAUGUCGGAGAUUCACGUGCGGUUCUUUCAAGAGGUGGCCAGGCACUUCAAAUGACCGUAGACCAUGAGCCCAACACGGAAAGAGGCAUCAUUGAGAACAAAGGCGGCUUUGUCUCAAACUUGCCAGGUGAUGUGCCUAGAGUUAAUGGGCAGCUGGCAGUUUCUCGUGCAUUUGGAGACAAAAGCCUUAAGACUCAUUUGCGAUCUGAUCCCGACAUACAAGAUAUUGACAUUGAUAACAGCGUGGAGCUCCUAAUCCUUGCGAGUGAUGGCCUGUGGAAGGUGAUGGCUAACCAAGAAGCUGUCGACAUUGCUAGAAAGGUCAAAGACCCACAGAAAGCAGCAAAGAAAUUAAUAGUAGAGGCUGUGAAAAGAGAGAGUGCAGAUGAUAUAUCCUGUGUCGUCGUUAGAUUUAGGGGUUGAGACCUCCUUAAACAUCAUCGCUAUCCAGGUGCAAUAUAUACCUAAAUAAGCGUUUCUUUACACAAGAUUCCAAUUUCUGGAUUAGACGGACAACAAAGCAGAUACCUGGUCGAUGUAAUCCCCGGAGUUCUGAAGUAUGGAAUUUGCAUAUAAGGGAAACGAAAAAUAUAGACGGGUUACUCCUUUGUAGAUUGAUUUUUAUUGAUUAGGUUCUGGUGCUUGAUAUUGUUUAAUAUCUUUGACAAGUGGUUUUAGAAAUCUGAUCUGAUGUAUAUUGUCUUCCAGUUUGCACAGAAGACCAGGUAUGUGUAGGUGACAAAUGUGGCUUUGAUUGUGUAUGGAGGAUUUCCUUAUUUUUUCAGUGUGGUUCGAUGCCAAGACUGACCUUCAUCAA